AACGUAGAGGGCAGCUGGGCCACAUUUUGUUAUGUAGCGUCUCCAAGACACAACUGUGCACCAUGGCUGCAGAGAAACAGCGUUUACCGGUACUUUGGAGCGGAAGAGGCGACUGUUUACUGUGAUAUAUUUCUUUUAUCCUUCAGUUUUCACGGCGCAGGAAUAAAAGCUCUCCUGAGGCUGUUGUAUUUAUAGUAUAUCAGCGGGAGGCAUUGUCUGUGCGUGGCGACUGUUGUCGGCAUUGUGUGCUCACGUCGACGCUAAGCUAGCGCGGCUGCUGGCUCGGUUGGUCUGCGUGGUGGGACCUGGUGAUGUUGUCCGUGCUGUCGUACGGCAGAUUGGUUGCCAGAGCUGUCAUCGGCGGACUCUCUCAGACAGACAGCCGCGACUACAGCCUGGUGACUGCGAGCUGCGGUUUCGGCAAGGAUUUUCGUAAAGGCAUCCUGAAGAAAGGGAUGUGCUAUGGGGACGACGCGUGCUUCAUAGCCCGGCACAGAUCCGCGGAUGUUUUGGGUGUGGCAGAUGGAGUAGGUGGUUGGCGGGACUAUGGCGUGGAUCCGUCGCAGUUUUCGGGUACGCUGAUGAAAACGUGCGAGAGACUGGUGAAAGAAGGACGCUUCGUUCCCAGCAACCCUGUGGGAGUCCUCACGACCAGCUACUAUGAGCUGCUGCAGAACAAAGUGCCACUACUAGGCAGCAGCACAGCCUGCAUUGUGGUGUUGGACCGCCAGAGUCACCGGCUGCACACAGCCAAUCUGGGAGACUCAGGCUUCCUGGUGGUUCGGGGAGGGGAGGUGGUUCACCGCUCUGAUGAACAGCAACACUACUUCAACACACCCUUCCAGCUGUCCAUCGUUCCCCCUGGGGCCGAGGGGGCCGUCCUCAGCGACAGCCCUGAUGCCGCAGACAGCUCUUCCUUCGACGUCCAGCUGGGUGACAUCAUCCUUACAGCCUCCGAUGGGCUCUUUGACAACAUGCCUGACUACAUGAUCCUGCAAGAGCUGAAGAAGCUCAAAAACACAAACUAUGAGAGCAUCCAGCAGACUGCCCGGAGCAUUGCAGAGCAGGCCCACGUUCUGGCGUAUGACCCCAACUACAUGUCGCCUUUUGCACAGUUUGCCUGUGACAACGGACUGAAUGUAAGAGGAGGAAAGCCAGAUGACAUCACAGUGCUGCUCUCCAUAGUGGCAGAAUACACUGACUAGGGUCUGUGUGACUGUGACUUGGGGGGCCUCUGCAGGUGAUGGACUGCUUUGAUUCCUGCUGGCCAGGAUGAAGGACUGAUGUUGGAUGCUUCCCCCGCAUCCCCUGGCUCCACUCUGCCUCAAACCCCAGCUGACCAUCACUCCCUUCAACCUGACCACUAACCCUACUCCAAAAAAAACUCCUACAUGUCCACUUCUCUGUUAUUAUGUGCAUCAGAGAGUGGCAGAAUAAAAAGGAAUGGAGGACUCUUGGCCAGGCUGCAGUGCUGGCAUCUUGCCACUGUUCCAGUCUCACUGGAUAAUCCUAUUGUCCGGGAUAAGCAGUCAUUGGGCACGUUGUUGAUGGGGAGGAUGAUGAUAAGUAGUCUUUCUCUGAGUGGUUUGGGCAUGGAGGAGGUCGAGAUUCAGAGAUGGGGCAGAUAUAGCCAGCAGGCGCGAGGCGUUCGACUGUUAAAGCAGCCCCAUGCUGGGCUGCCAGAAUGGAAAGAUUCAGUCCAUCAGUAGUGUCAAGAAGGGAACUGCACAGGAAACAGCAGCAUUAGGGCUGAAUAAAUGGCCUGCUUUGUGCAAACGGAUGUUCCUGAUGAUACAGUGAUAGUUAGAAAAAAGGGCCUGGAACCUUGUAAGUGGGGGCAUGGAGUAUAUGUUUGAUAAUAUGAUGUGACUGGUGUGCUGUUCUGGGAUGUUUUGUUGAGUGUUUGCGAAAGAAGUAGUGUAUGUGACGUUUAUACAUUUUGUGUUUUAGUUUCUUGGGGCAAAUUGAUCCAAUAAGAUUUUAUGAAGAGUGGCAGCUGCCUUUUCCAUACCAGUGCGAAUCUUGCACACAUUUUGUUACUUUGUGGCUGUUAGAAAGAGGCUUAUAGUUCAAAAGCUUCUCAAAAUAUAUAUUGUGUCAAACUAAUGCCCCCCCCUCCCCUUUAAUCUCACAGCUGCUGCUGAAGUCUUGAUUGUGAUUACAUGUGAUGUGAGAAUGAAUGUGUGUAUGCGUGAUGAAUGCACUCAUGUCAGUGCAUCUAUUGUGAGUAGUAUCAAUGUAUGUGAAGGUGACAGACUUCUCCAUAUUCACUGGGCUGAAUUGGUCUCAUAGCCUUAAACGCACAAAGCUUAAGAAGCAUAUCUGAAAAGAAAGCGCAACACAGUGGAAGUUGGUCAUGUGACCAAAUGUAUUUUUGUAAUGUCUUUGUUCAUUGGGAUUGUUUUGAAUUCUCUGGACUGUUCACCACAUCAGAGUAGCUUUAGAAACUGUUCUUCACAAUCAGAGUUUCCCUUUCUCCUUUCUUCCUUUCCUCCCCUGCUAUAAAGCUCCAAAUGACACAUUCAAAAGUCAGGUCACGGCAGGUUUCAUGUGAAAAAUGGUCGCCAUGUGGCUUUUCCAUCACUACAGAUUUGCACUCUGAAUUUACCAAAACUUUCACCCACAUAUAAAAAAUAUUUCUUAGUAAAGUCUGUAUUUUGUGUAAUGUUACAAUGAUGUGCCUUGUAUCGGGUGUUGUUGAUACUGGCAAACAUAAUUCCUUAAACCCCUCCUACUAUGUGCCAGGUACUGAGCACAAAGCCUGAAACUGUUAACUAGCCAUGAGAGUUAAAAACAGCUUUCCCAUCAUGCCCUGCUGUCUUAACACGAGACCUCUUCACCUACAGUUUGUUCAACCGUUUUUCUCCCGAAAUCUGCUUUUGCGCACUCAGUCAGGAGCCGAGAAUUAGUGAUAAAGCCAUCUCACGCUUAGAAAAUCCUCCCUGUGGAUCCUCAGAUCACUGUUUACAAUCUGCACUAUCUAAUGAAUGGACUGUUUCCCUGCUUUAUCUGACAUGUUCACACUGGAAGACUGCAGUGUCAGGUAUCCAUUUGAAAUGGGGCUAAUGGGCUUAGGUGCAGUCAAUGGUCAAAAUGUGAGUUUAUAGCAUUAUAGCACUGAGGACAAUCUAAGCAGCCUUAACUAUAUUACAAAGCAAUUCUCCCAGUCAGAUGGUACUGCCACUGUGGGCUCUGGUUUCCUGCUUCCUGACUCUCACCUGCCCUCACUCUCUUCCCUGUCAUCUCUCAUCUACUUCAUCUUCCUCUUCCAAACAAACUUUGUUACAACCAGAGCAUGUGUCUCAUAAAAAUAUUGGGUGUACAGUUCAAUGGAGAUUGAAGCUCUGUGAAAAAGCAUUUUCAAAUCUGAACAAUAUUUAAAUAAAGAGUUUAGUAUUUAUUA